AUGGCUGCCGCAUCCUACGUCCUUCCUGCCAAGCUCUCCGGGGCUCUCAGCGACCGUGAGCAAAUCGCUGACACUCUAUAUCGUCUUGUUGCUGCCUUCGACCACGCCGACGAGGACCUUCUCCAGUCCGCCUUGACCGACGAUGUUGUAGUCGAGAUAGUUGGGUUCCCUAGCAGCAAGGGAAUCUCGGAGCUAAAAGAAGCUAUCUUCGGCCGAGUUUCCAAACUCGAGACGACUCACAGCAUUUCCAACAUUCGUGUGAGCAUUGAGAGCACCACUUCUGCUCGAGCUUCGUGCACUUCGGUAGCCCAGCACGCCCGACCCGGCAAAGGCUUCGAACAGGGGCCACAUCGACUUCUUGGCGGAGGAUUUUAUAUCUGUGAUCUGAUUAAGGAAGGUGAUCUUUGGAAGAUCAAACAGUGGAUGGCAAAGCCUAUCUGGUACGAAGGCGACUCAGCCAUCGCGUAUGAGGCAUAA